UAUAAACAACAGUUGCCGGUUGUUGGUCGACUUGGAAAUCGCGGGAGAUCUUCGGAAGAAACUGGGCAACAAGUGGAAUUUAGAAGCACACACGUAAGUGAAAGAUACAUUCGUCAACAAUGAGAUUGCUGGUGAGGAGUGUAAAUCUAUUGCUGAUCCAAUGCACGGCACAGGUUCGCCCCUCGGUGGGCAUGGCAACCGGUUCGCAGUUCCACAAAUUGGCAACAGCAACAGCAACAAAAACAAAAACUGUGGAUACUGACAGCAACAACAAAUCACAGAGACAAUCUGUCGCGAUGUCUCCAUUAACCGACAGCUUUGGCAGACAUCACACAUAUCUGAGAAUUUCCCUCACCGAACGCUGCAAUUUGCGUUGUGACUACUGCAUGCCCGCAGAAGGUGUGCCGCUCCAGCCCAAAUCGCAGCUGCUCACCUCGGAGGAGGUGCUCCGACUGGCGCGCAUCUUUGUGGAGCAGGGAGUGCGCAAGAUCCGCUUGACGGGCGGAGAGCCAACAGUGCGACGUGACAUUGUGGAGAUGGUGGCAGAGCUGAAGGCGUUGGAGCAACUGGAACAUGUGGGCAUUACCACCAAUGGCUUGGUGCUGACACGUCUGUUGUUGCCACUGCAACGCGCUGGCUUGGAUUCCCUCAACAUCAGCCUGGACACACUGCGCAAGGAUCGCUUCGAGAAGAUCACGCGCCGCAAGGGCUGGGAGCGAGUGAUAGCAGGCAUCGAUCUGGCCAUACAACUCGGCUAUAGACCCAAGGUCAACUGUGUGCUGAUGCGCAACUUCAAUGACGAUGAGAUCUGUGAUUUUGUCGAGUUCACCCGCGAGCGACCUGUCGAUGUGCGCUUCAUUGAGUACAUGCCCUUCUCCGGCAACAAGUGGCACACGGAUCGCCUGAUCUCCUACAGCGAAACAGUGCAGUUGAUUAGACAGCGUUGGCCAGAGUUCCAGGCACUGCCCAAUGGCCCAAAUGACACCUCGAAGGCGUAUGCAGUGCCAGGAUUUGCUGGCCAACUGGGCUUCAUCACCUCCAUGACGGAACACUUUUGUGGCAGCUGUAAUCGACUGCGUCUGACUGCAGAUGGCAACAUUAAGGUGUGUCUCUUUGGCAACAAGGAGUUCUCUUUAAGAGAUGCCAUGCGCAGCGAGGAUUGCACAGAGCAGCAGCUGGUGGAGCUGAUUGGAAUGGCAGUGCAGCGCAAGAAGCGUCAACAUGCUGGUAACGGCGGCAACAGGACCUUGCUUCAUCCCCAUCAUACACAUAGACAACGACAACAACUAGGACAGCUGCGCAACUGCAGCAGCUUGACGCACAUCAAUGCCCAGGGCAAGGCACAAAUGGUGGAUGUGGCGGACAAGACACUGAGCUUAAGAGUAGCCAGCGCCGAGGCCACUGUGCAGGUGGGAGAGCGUCUCACAGCGCUGAUUGCGGCCAAUGAGCUGGCCAAGGGCGAUGUGCUGAGUGUCGCCCAAUUGGCGGGCAUCAUGGGCGCCAAGCAGACCUCACAACUGAUUCCACUGUGCCAUAACAUUGCACUGUCGUCGGUGCGAGUGCAGGCGACACUUUUGGAGGCGGAGCAGUCUGUGCACCUGGUGGCCACUGUGCGCUGUCAGGGACAGACUGGCGUCGAGAUGGAGGCACUCACAGCCGUCUCCGUGGCCGCUCUCACCGUCUACGACAUGUGCAAGGCCGUUUCCCACGACAUCUGCAUCCAGAAUGUGCGACUGCUGAGCAAAUCGGGCGGCAAGCGGGAUUAUCAACGUCAAUAAAGUCAUAAAGCAUCCAUUGCCAUUUGAAAUGAG